AUGAUAUUCCUUCUGGAUCCUAAUGAUUGGUCACCUGUUAUUCGCAAUCCUAAUCUGUCCUUACCAGUCAAGGAUUUUGGAACAAAAACUUUCGGUAUAUCUAGAGGUUUUCUCGAUGACGAACCGAUUAUGAAUGAAAUUCAUCGCUACUUCAAACUCUAUCUUCAAAGUACUGAAUCGCUUGAUUUCCUGACAGCACGAUUUUCGAAAUGUGUGCGUGACGUGAUGAUACAGGAUCGUGCAAGAAUCGGUUGUCAUGUAUGGCAUCCAUACAGUCUACUGGAAUUGAGUCAUCGGAUGAUAUUUGAAGCAUCAGGUCGUACUUUAUUUGGUGAUAUAAAUCCAUUAUUGCUUGAGAAAGAAUUUCUCUUGUUUGACAAGAAGUUUCAUUAUUUUGCAUCCUUACUACCUGAUUUUAUUUAUUCACUAUUUUUGCGGCGUGAAAUGGAUGCUCGCUCUAAUAUGACUGCCUACUUCAAUGCACAUCCCCAUUCAGACAAUGAAAGUGAGCUUGUUUACCAUCGUGCAAAGCGAAUACUUGAAGCGGAAAGCCGACAACCUAACGAUUUAGGUGCAUCUCAGACGUCCAUCUUUUGGGCAUCUGUGGGCAACACAAUACCAGCUACAUUUUGGUCUCUAUUCUAUAUUCUCCGCGAUCCACACGCACUUCAAAAAAUUAAUGAAGAAAUUUGUACUCAUCUUCCACCGUUCUCAUUCUCCGAUCCAAACGAUAAAAGUUUUGAGUUCUGGACAUCGGGUAACAUUGCCAAAUGUGUAUAUCUCGAAAGUGCUAUCAACGAAGUGUUACGUAUCAAAGGUACUCCCAUGGUUUCUAGGAAAUGUUAUCAAGACACACAAAUUUCACUCGCAGAUGGCACAAUGAUACCCGUUAGAGAAAAUGAUAUGGUUUCGCUGUUUCCAGAAGUGAUGCAUAGUGAUCCAAAUUAUUUUCCAGAGCCUGAAAUCUAUAAGUUUGACAGAUUUCUUGGUAAAACCACUGAUACUAUCAAGGGUUUUCUAACAUUUGGGUCAGGUAAAACAAUUUGCCCUGGUCGGCAUUUUGCUAAAAAUGAAAUCAAAAUAUGUACGGCACUGAUUCUUCAGAAUAUUGAUUAUGAAUUUCUGGAGACAAAUAUGAAUAUUAGCUGUGUGAAGAAUCGAGUAGGCUUUGGUAUAGCACCACCAGACUGCGAUAUACCUAUUCGAUAUCGAUAUAAAGAGUGA